UUCUGACUCGCAGCUGCUGCUCACGUAUCAACAGCACGCCUCGCCUCGCCUCGCCUCGCCUCCCUCCCCCAACCUGUCCUUUGGCCUCCCCCCUCCGAUUGCGGACAUGCUUUUGCUGGUGAGGGGGAGAUGAGGUUCCGACAUGUGUCCUUUUUGACGCUCGUUUUGUUGGGACUGUGCGGGCUGGUCUCGCUGUCUUGGUACACCGCCUUUAGCAGCUCCAGAGGAGAUGCGGUGGACAUCUACCAGAGAGAGUUCCUGGCCUUGAGGGAACGCCUACGCUCGGCCGAGCGGGAGAACUUGCGGCGCUCCAAAGAGCUCAACCUGGUCCUGGAUGAGAUCAAGAGGAUCAUCGCUGAGAAACAGGCCCUGCGGGACGUCAACAGGACCUGGAGCAGCCUCUCCGAGGAGACCAGGAUGAAGUUGUGGAACGUCAGCGCUAGCAAGAAUUACCUUCAACUUCCCUCCGUCCUGAAUCAUCUUCCUCACCUCGUCAACAGAGAAGACAGCCUGCAGCCCGCCGUCCACGUGGGACAAGGACGCACCGGAGUUUCCAUAGUGAUGGGCGUCCCCAGCGUGAAAAGGGAGGUGCACUCCUACUUGGCGGACACGCUCAGCUCUCUGAUGUCACAACUCAGCGCCACCGAGAAGGACGACUGCGUCAUCGUCGUCCUCGUCGCCGAGGCAGACCAUCAGUACGCCCUGAGUGUGGCCCAGAACCUUCAGCUCCUUUUCCCCUCAGAGAUCCAGUCGGGCUUGUUGGAGGUGGUCUCACCGUCUCUCCACUUCUAUCCGGACUUCUCCCACCUCCGCGAGUCCUUCGGAGACCCCAAGGAGAGAGUCAGGUGGCGCACCAAGCAAAACCUCGACUACUGUUUUCUAAUGAUGUACGCGCGCACCAAAGGGACAUACUAUGUGCAGCUAGAAGACGACAUCGUGGCGCGACCCUCCUACUUGAGCACCAUGAAGAACUUUGCCUUGCAGCAGCCUUCGGAGGAAUGGAUGAUUCUGGAAUUCUCUCAGCUGGGUUUCAUCGGGAAGAUGUUCAAGUCUUCUGACUUGUCUCUGAUCGUGGAGUUCAUGUUGAUGUUCUACAAGGACAAACCCAUCGACUGGCUACUGGAUCACAUCAUGUGGGUCAAAGUCUGCAACCCGGAAAAGGAUGCGAAACACUGCGAUCGACAAAAAGCCAACCUGAGGAUUCGCUUCAAGCCGUCGCUCUUCCAGCACGUGGGAACGCACUCAUCGCUCGCCGGGAAAAUACAGAAACUCAAGGACAAAGACUUUGGCAAGCAGACGCUCCGCAAGGGACACGCCAACCCGCCGGCUGAGGUCAGCACCAGUCUCAAGACGUACCAGCGUUAUACACUGGAGAAGGCCUACCUGGGGGAGGACUUCUUCUGGGCCUUCACCCCCGCGGCAGGCGACUUUAUCCGGAUACGCUUCUUUACGCCCGUGAGGGUCGAGAGGUAUUUCUUCCGUAGCGGGAACGCGGAACACCCGGGAGACAAACUAGUCAACGCGUCAGUGGAGGUUCUUCCGUUCGACAACAUUCAGGCUGACAGAGAAGCUUUGGCGGACAGGAAGGACAUAAGCCACAAAUACCAUCGCACAGAAGAUGGAUUCAUUCCCAUUGGAAUGUUCCAGAAAGGCAUCGCAGAAGGUGAGGUGGAUCCCAAUUUCGGACCCUUGGAGGCCAUCCGCCUGACGGUCAUCAGCGACUCUCCAGUUUGGAUCAUCCUCAGUGAGAUUUUCAUCAAGAAAAUGGAUUGAGUGAGCGAAACAGCUAGCAAGCCAAUGAGUAAAGAGCCUCCCUACUUCCAUGGUGCCGCAGCGCCACCCUCUGGUCUGGUGGACACACGCGUGCAUGAGGUCCCGGCGAAACAAACGUCUAACGAUGACGGGGAAAGUGAGACGUGCCGCUCGAUCUGGACGCCUCAUCGAUACCCACAACCCUUUGCUGAGACCCACAUGCUAACUGACGGCGGCGACCUUCCUCAGCUUUCGUGUUGGAGUCGUGUGACUUCCUGUGUGCCUUGGCGAGGCUGCUUACCGACUGAAUUGAUGGACUGACCGACCGAUCGCCUGAGAGAACAUGGGCCCUGGGAACAAAUCCAGCAUAGGAUGGUUCCUGUACCAGCAAAACCAGUAUCAAAACUAGUGUUGCACCGAUUUUUUGGCUCCUGGUACCGAUUCCGACACCCGGGUGAUGUGGUUUCGGUCGAUAGCGAUAGUGUACUGAUACCAUGGUAUCAUGCUAAUUGUCAUGUCAUUGACGGCGCUAGACAUCCAAUCGACUUAAAGUCGAAGGGUUGGCAGCGAAUGAACGAACUUCAUUCGCUGCCAACCCUUCGACUUUAAGGGAUUGGAUGUCUAGCGACCAAAGACACACCUGACACAACUGACUGAAGGACGCCAUUUGGACGCCCGUUCCCAAUGAACACUUUGCUGUACUUUGUACAUGCUCCAAGUACUACUUUGGAGAAAUGACUCCGCUUUAGAGAGGUACUUUUUGUGUACUGGAUACUUUUUUUUUUUACUCUUAUGUGACGUAUGUUUUAUUGUCAUAAAAAACAGCUGAUGAAAAUAAUAAAUUAAUAAAAGUAUCAAUAUCAUUCAUGCCUUCACGUCGUAUUCAAGUUGAAUGUACAGUUUGCCCUGUUUUUUUUUAGUGGCGGGAAUUUUUUUUUUUUUUUUUUAUGUGGCGAGAAUGGGUUUACAUCAUUUUAUUUUAUUAUAAUUUUAAUUUUAUGUUAAAAAUUGUGGAAAAAACAACAGAAACGUGUCUUACAUUUUUAUUUAUUUCGUUAUGUUUCGCUCCUUCAUGUAGUAUUCAAGCUGAAUGUACAGUUUUCCCUGUUUUUUUUUUAGUGGCGGGAUUUUUUUUUUUUUUUUUUAUGUGGCGAGAAUGGGCUUACAUCAUUUUAUUUUAUUAUAAUUUUAAUUUUAUGUUAAAAAUUGUGGAAAAAACAACAGAAACGUGUCUUACAUUUUUAUUUAUUUCGUUAUGUUUCGCUCCUUCAUGUAGUAUUCAAGCUGAAUGUACAGUUUUCCCUGUUUUUUUUUUCUAGUGGCGGGAAUGUUUUUUUUUUUUUUUUGUAAGUGGCGAGAAUGGGCUUACAUCAUUUUAUUUUAUUAUAAUUUUAAUUUUGUGUUAAAAAUUGUGGAAAAAAACAACCGAAAUCGUGUCUUUCGUUUUUAUUUAUUUAGUUAUGUGUCGCUCCUUCAUGUAGUAUUCAAGCUGAAUGUACAGUUUUCCCUGUAUUUUUUUAGUGGCGGGAAUUUUUUGUUUUUUUGUAAGUGGUCAGAAUGGGCUUACAUAAUUUUAUUUUAUUACAACUUUAAUUUUAUGUUAAAAAUUGUGGGGAAAAAAACAACCGAAACGUGUCUUUCAUUUUUAUUUAUAUAGUUAUGUUUCACUCCUUCGUGUCGUAUUCAAGUUGAAUGUACGUACAGCUUGCCCUGUUUUUUCCAGUGGCGGGAAUGUUUUUUUUUUUUUUUUU